AUAUAACGCCUGCACAUAUUUGCCCAUCAUAUCACCAUCCAUUUCAGCAUUAUUACGCAAUAAGAAAUCAGCAAAUUAAACCCAAAAAAAAUGGCUUCUUUUUCUGCCCUUUUAGCCAUGGCAGUCGCCAUUUUCAUCUUCUUCUCUCAAUCAAAUGCUCAGCUAAGUUCCACUUUUUACUCCACCACAUGCCCUAACGUUUCUUCAAUCGUUAGCACUGUGAUUCAACAGGCCUUGCAGAACGAUGCCCGCAUUGGUGCCAGCCUCAUUCGCCUCCAUUUUCAUGACUGCUUCGUUAAUGGGUGUGAUGGUUCACUUUUGUUAGACAACAAUGGAACAACCAUUGUGAGUGAGAAAGAUGCUGCCCAAAACAAUAACUCCGCUAGGGGUUUCGAUGUUGUUGACAACAUUAAGACCGCGGUUGAGAAUGCCUGUCCUGGUGUUGUCUCUUGUGCUGAUAUUUUAGCUCUCGCUUCCGAAUCUGCAGUUUCUUUGGCUGGUGGUCCUUCAUGGAAUGUUUUGUUAGGGAGAAGAGACGGCACGACAGCAAACCAGGGAGGAGCUAACACUAGUCUUCCUAAUCCCUUUGAUGACUUAAGCAACUUAACAAGAAAGUUUACAAACGUUGGAUUGAAUGUUAAUGAUCUUGUAGCUUUAUCUGGUGCUCAUACGUUUGGACGCGCACAAUGUCGUACAUUUAACAACCGAUUAUUCAACUUCAGCAACACGGGCAAUCCUGAUCCCACCUUAAACACAACCUACUUAGCCACUUUACAACAAGUUUGUCCACAGGGCGGGUCUGGAUCUACCGUGACCAACCUUGACCCGACAACAUCAGACACCUUCGACAACAAUUAUUUCUCAAAUUUGCAGAACAACCGUGGGCUUCUGAAAUCAGAUCAGGAGUUGUUCUCAACAUCUGGGGCUGCAACCAUUGCCAUUGUCAACAACUUCAGUGCAAACCAAACUGCCUUCUUUCAGAGCUUUGUCCAAUCCAUGAUCAAUAUGGGAAAUAUUAGCCCCUUAACAGGGUCCAGUGGAGAGAUUAGGUUAAACUGUAGGAGACUUAAUUGAGCAAAAUUGCCACUCCUACUAUUUACCUGUCUGUCUGUUUUUCAUUUGUCUUUUCACAGAUUAUUUGUCCCUUUAAUUUUGGUGUGUUUUAAGGCUACCUUUGUUGCUCUGUGAGUGAAAGAAAUCUCACAGGAAUUGUAUAAUCGUUUGCAAUUUUUCUUUCAUGUACUACAACAUACAACUGUACAAGUCAGCUGUGGUGUAUUUUUUAUUUUCAUUAUCUGAUAUUUUAAUGAAAAAUGUAAUUGUUUCAAA